AUGUGCAACUGGCUAAAAAUGUCAUUUACAGGCAAAUAUAAAAGUGCAUUGAAAGUAUUGAUAGAGAUGAAAAAUCAAGAUGUGAAAUUCAGCAAAGAUACCUGUGUCCUUGCUUUUGCGAUUUGCUACGAACUGAAUAGCCCUGAGUCUUUUAAAAUCUGUACUACCUUAAAAGAAGAAGCCCUAAUCAGAGGAGACUUUCUAUCCAGGAGAGCAUCCUGUUUUGCUGUAGCAUUAGCUCUGAAUCAGAACCAAGUGGCAAAAGUUAUACCCAUUUUUUCUCAAAUCGUGAAGCCGGAAAACAAAAGCUGCAUUAAUUUAAAUAUUAUCCGUCUUCACCCAAAUGUGUUGGAAACCCUGAUGAACAUACUAAAGGAUCCCGCAGAAGGAAAUUUAUCAAGCUUUCUGAAAAGACAUGAAUUCUCAGAAGUGUUGGCCACAGUGAGGGAAGAAGUAAAAGAUUUCCCUGACCUUCUGGCUAGAUUCGAUGAGAUUUUUGGAAAACUGUACAUAUCUGGUCAGAUAACCACUGACACUUUGGAUAUUCUGCUCUGCCACAUCCCCAGGGACAGGAAAUCCCCCGUGGCACUAAUAAAUAAGAGGACAGUCAACUGUUGGACCUUCUAG